AUGGUUUCCAAGGCUAGCGAAAGUAUCGACACUGGCGAUGCCGUGGAUCAUGAAGCUGGCGAGAUCGCCAGUGUCCAUGAACGUGAAGAGCUCGAUCGCUUGGGAUACAAGCAGGAAUUGCGUCGUAAUCGCUCGGUCAUUACCCUCCUCUUCCAGACGCUGGCCAUCGCAGCCAUUCCCUACGGCGAGGGUGGUCCUCUACUCAGCGCCAUCUACGGCGGUGGUCAACUGUCCAUUUUUGUCGGAUGGAUCGUAGUCUGCGCCCUCGACCAAUGCAUCGCCCUCUCCCUGGCCGAGCUGGCAUCUCGCUAUCCUACCUCCGCAGGCCCAUACUACUGGACUUUCCAAAUCGCUCGCAGCUCCAAAGCAACUAUAUCAUUCAUCAAUGCCUGGAUCUGGCUAAUCGGAAACUGGACAAUCACUCUAUCCGUCAACUUCGGCUUCGCUUCCCUGGUCUCCGCAACUAUCUCAAUGUACCAUCCAAACUGGAGUGCAAACAGCUGGCAACUCCUCCUGAUUUUCUACGCUGUCUGUCUCGGCUCCUUCCUCAUCUGCACCUUUGCAAACCGCUACCUCCCUCAAGUUGACAUCGCCUGCGCGACCUGGACCGCUAUCACCAUCAUAGUCAUCCUCAUCGCCGUCUCCGUCAAAGCUGAAACAGGUCGCCACAGCGCCUCCUACGCUCUCUCCCAUUAUGAUAAAUCCUUCUCCGGCUGGGGCGGCUUCACCUUCUUCAUCGGCCUCCUACCAGCGGCUUACACCUUCUCCGCUCUAGGAAUGAUCUCCUCAAUGGCAGAAGAAUGCUCCAACCCAGCUAUUAAAGUACCCCGCGCAAUCGCCCUCGCCAUCCCAGUCGGCGGCACCGCAGGCCUCUUCUUCAUCAUCCCCCUCUGCGUCACAAUGCCUCCCCUAGGAGAUAUAAUCAACAGUCCGGGCGGUCAGGCCCUUCCAUACAUCCUCCACCGCGUGAUGGGCUCACCAGGAGGCGGUCUCGCCCUCACUUUCCUCGUCCUGGUUAUCACCCUUUUCUGCUCAAUCAGUAUCUCCGUCGCUGCCUCCAGAUCUACAUGGGCUGUCGCCCGCGACGACGCUGUCCCUCUAGCCCGCCUCUGGGCAACCGUUCACCCUGGCCUCGGCGUACCGGUCUGGUCUCUCGCUCUUUUAACUGGUAUCCAAAUGCUGCUAGGCUUAAUCAACCUAGGCAGCUCCUCUGCGUUCACGGCCUUCGUCUCUGUAGGCGUCAUCGCGCUCGCUGUCGCUUAUGCUAUUCCCAUUUCAUUGAGUCUUUUCCACGGCCGUGAGGAGGUCAAGCAUGCGCCGUGGAAUUGUGGAACUAUGGUCGGUACCAUCGCGAAUGUGAUUGCGUUGGCGUGGAUUGCCUUUGAGUUGGUGCUGUUUAGUAUGCCGACUGCCUUGCCCGUGACUUCGGUUAGUAUGAAUUAUGCCUCGGUUGUGUUUGUGGGCUUUAUGGCUAUUUCAGGCGUUUGGUUCCUUGUUUAUGCGAGAAAGUCGUAUAAGGGACCGCCGGAAUCGGAUGCUUUGGAUUGA